CAAUUCGUGAAGUUGAUCGAUUUUCAUAGUGUGUUCGAGAGUUAUUUGCUCAAUCAGCGGUUAUUUUAUGUUUUAGUUAUUUUUUUAAAGACUGUUCAUUAAAAGUGUUUGUGAUUAAGUGUAAAUCCUUACUUGUCUUUUGGACUCACUGAUUUUCUGAGUGGUUUCUUACGAUGGCACCAAAUGAGAAUUCUACUUCAGCGGCUGUUCAAAAUGGAUACCAUAAGCGAACCUCAAGGAUUUUUCCAGAAACCGAUGAAGACGAUAUUGUCGUAUCUGGAAUUUCAGGAAGAUUUCCUAACUCUAGAAGCAUUAGUGAAUACGAAUACAAUCUCUAUAACAAGAUUGACAUGGUAGAUGGCGAAGAGACCCGCUGGAAAAGCUUUAACCCGGAAAUCCCUCAAAGAGGUGGAAAAAUCUACGAUUUGGAGAAGUUUGACGCUACUUUCUUCGGGGUACAUUUCAAGCAAGCUCACACUUUGGAUCCUCAAUGUCGAAUCUUGAUGGAAGUAGCAUAUGAAGCUAUAUUGGACGCAGGAGUCAAUCCUAAAAGUUUAAGAGGCACGAGAACUGGAGUAUAUGUGGGCGGAUGCAUAUCGGAAUCAGAAAAAACAUGGUUCUACGAAAAAAUUUCCACUGGAGGAUUUGGUAUUACCGGUUGCAGUCGUGCUAUGUUAGCAAACAGAAUUUCUUACGUAUUGGGGCUCAAUGGGCCUUCAUAUGUUGUAGAUACCGCUUGCAGUAGUUCAAUGUAUGCCUUAGACAAUGCCUUCUCUGCCUUUCGUAAUGGUGAAAUUGAUGCUGCAAUCAUUGGUGGAGUUAACUUAACCCUUCAUCCCUAUGUUACUUUGCAAUUCGCCCGAUUGGGCGUUUUAGCAGCUGAUGGAUAUUGUCGACCAUUUGAUCAAGAUGCCAGUGGUUAUACCCGUUCUGAGUCGGUGAACUGCUUGUUUUUGCAAAGAAAACGUGAUGCAAAGCGUAUCUAUGGCUCUCUGGUCUACUCAAAAACCAAUUGCGAUGGGUUUAAAACAGAAGGCAUAACAUAUCCUUCAGGAAUAGUACAAGAGAAACUACUUCGCGAAUUUUAUAACGAAAUAGGGAUCAGCCCAGAUAAACUGGGAUAUUUGGAAGCUCAUAGUACAGGAACUUUAGUUGGCGAUCCAGAAGAAUGUCGCGCUAUUGAUACGGUCUUAUGCAAAUCUAGAAGCAAACCCCUACUUGUUGGAUCUGUUAAAUCUAAUAUUGGACACUCGGAAGCAGCUUCAGGUAUAUGUUCCAUGGUUAAGGCCAUAUUGGCCUUAGAAAAAGGCGAAAUUGCCCCGAACAUCAAUUUCAAAAGUGUUCGUAAAGAAAUUCCAUCAUUGCUAGAAGGAAGAUUGAAAGUUGUAAGUGACAUCGAAAAACUCACCACUCCCUAUAUUGGGGUUAAUUCAUUUGGAUUUGGAGGUGCCAAUGCUCACGCUCUUCUCAAAGGCUGUGAAAAGGAAAAACAAAAUCAGGGAGCACCUGAGGAUGACUUACCGCGUCUUGUGUAUUGGAGCAGUCGCACUGAAGAAGGCGUGAAUGUAAUGCUAGAUUCUAUAGAGUCCAAUCCAUUGGAUACUGAGUAUCUUGCUCUAACGUAUAAUAUACAAAAAGAAGGGAUUCCAGGAUUCGUAUUCAGGGGAUAUGGUUUAUAUUCUCACGUGAAAGGAGGAAAUGCUACUUGUAUAUCGAAAGAAGUGCAACAUUACACUGGAGUUCAAAGACCAAUUGUUUGGGUUUUCAGUGGUAUGGGAUCCCAAUGGACAGAGAUGGGAUCUUCGCUCAUGAAUAUACCAAUGUUCCGUGAAUCCAUCAAUCGAUGCCAUAAUGCACUGGCACCUAAAGGAUUAAAUUUAAUUAAUAUCAUUACAUCUUCAGAUCCGAAAAUGUUUGAUAAUAUCCUAAAUUCAUUUGUGGGCAUCGCGGCUAUUCAAAUCGCGAUCGUUGAUAUUCUAAGAGCACUCGAUUUUGAACCUGAUUAUCUUAUUGGUCAUUCCGUUGGUGAACUAGGCUGUGCAUACGCUGAUGGAGGAUUCACUGCUGAACAAAUGAUUCUAUCUGCAUACUCUCGUGGAAAAGUCAGCCUAGAAGUUGAUAAAAUUAAGGGUUCAAUGGCUGCUGUGGGUCUCGGUUACAAAAACAUCAUCAAACUAUUACCCCCUUCAAUUGAGGUCGCAUGUCAUAACAGCGCUGACUCGUCAACAAUAUCUGGCCCAGCAGAAGAUGUGGAAAAGUUCGUAGCAGAACUGAAAAGUAAAAAUAUUUUCGCUAAGGAAGUACCAUGCUCAAAUAUUGCAUAUCACUCUCGCUAUAUUGCCCAUAUGGGACCGCUGCUUCUUAAAUAUCUCCAAGAAAUUAUUCCGAAUCCAAAAAAACGUUCACAAAAAUGGAUAAGUUCAAGCGUUCCAAAACAUCAAUGGGAUCAACCUCGCAGUGAAUAUUCUUCGGCCGAAUAUCACACAAAUAAUUUGUUGAAUAGUGUACUCUUUGAAGAAGCAGCAAUGCUUCUACCUCCAAAUGCACUGACGGUUGAGAUUGCUCCACAUGGAUUGUUGCAGGCUAUUUUAAAGAAAUCGAUGCCAAAUGCUGUUAAUAUUGGUCUCACCCAACGUGGAAACAAAAAUAAUGCUAACUUCUUCUUGUCUGCUUUAGGAAAAAUUCAUUUAAAUGGAUUCACUUUACCCGUCGAACGAUUGUAUCCGAAAGUGGAAUUUCCCGUCUCACGCGGUACAAAAACCAUUUCUUCUCUAAUUCGUUGGGAUCACGGUGAAAAUUGGUUUGUAUCCAAAUUUGAAAACAUCAGAUCUGAAAAGACAGGCGAAAGGGUAUUCCAAAUUGGCUUGAAUGCUGAAGACACCGAAUUCCUGGCUGGACAUAUCAUCGAUGGAAAAGUCCUACUUCCAGCAACAUUCUACCUUUAUAUGGUGUGGGAGGCUUUCUCAUUGAUGCACGCUGGACCUAUGUACAUGAAUAUGCCCGUUGAAUUCAAUGACGUACGUUUCGUCCGAGCUACACAUUUAAACAAGGGUUCAAAUGUAACCUUGACAGUGUCAAUACAUCACGGAACGGGUCUAUUCGAUAUCACUGAAGCUGGAGCGAUAGUAGUGACCGGAAGAAUAAAUGAAAUUAUGAAUCCGCAACCUCCGGAACCAUUGCCACCAUGUCCAUCUAACGACUGCAUUAUGCUUGAAACGCAAGAUAUCUAUAAAGAACUCAGACUGCGAGGAUAUCAUUAUGCCGGAGCAUUCAAGAGUGUUAUGCAAGCUCGCAGUGAUGGGGCCACUGGGAAAAUCAAAUGGUCAUUCAACUGGGUUGCUUUCAUGGAUUGUCUCCUGCAAAUACAUAUCCUUGGAUCUGAUUCGCGUUCAUUAAUACUUCCAACCCGUAUCCGGCAGCUUCGCAUUCUUGGGCUGCACCACAUUAAUUUAGCAGCGCAAAUGGACCCGGAGAACAAAUACUUCGAUGUCCAGAUGGAUCAUACUACACAGCGAUUAGUUGCUGGUGGGAUUGAAAUUUUGGGGCUUCAAGCCAGUCCAGUUUCUCGGAGAAAACCACCAGGUAUUCCAGUUUUGGAAACCUACAAAUUCAUCCCGCAUUUGCCAGCUCCCACAACCGAAAUAACUGACGCUGCAAGGAUUUGCGUACAAACUGCUUUGGAAAAUAAUCCCGUACCAAAAAUGAAAAUUGUCGAGGUGGAUCAAGAUAAGGUUCCACCAACUAUUCCGUACUUCCAAGAGGCAUUAGAAGACUUGCCGGUGGUUACUGGCGAUUUCAUGCUUUUAACUUCUCAAGAAUUAGAACUGCCUGAUAUUCACGUUGAAGAUGGAAAAUUGUCGACUCAAACAAACUGUACAUUUGUCAUAUCCACAAACCUCUUGGGUCGACCAGAAUGGGUCCAGAAGGCCCAAAAGUCAAUUGGCGAUGGUGGAUACUUAGUAUCAAUCGAAACUCUUCCUCUCAACUAUGCACAAGUCAAAGCGCCUAUAGGAUUCAAUAUUAUUGCAUUUUUACCAACCGAAAAGGGAUCGGUGGUCCUUAUGAGACGACAUCCAAAAAAAGUAACAAAUAUCACUGUUAUCCAUGUUGUUCAAAGCGAUAUGACCUACACCUGGAUCGAAAAAAUUAAAAAUGCACUUGCUAUUAACCCAGUGAUUUUAGUAGCCCAGAAUGAGAACCUGAAUGGCCUAAUUGGCUUGACGAAUUGCUUACGGAAGGAACCAAGUGGACAUCAAAUUACCUGCGUGUUUAUUGACGAUCCUCAAGCACCAGAGUUUGACCUAGAACAUCCCUUCUAUGCUGAUAAAUUGAAGUUCGGACUGGGAAUCAAUGUUUUUAAGAAUGGUCAAUGGGGAACAUAUCGACAUUUACUACUGAAGCCAUUCGUAGAACCCAAAAAGAAUAAACGACAAUUAUACGUUGACCAGCUUCAACGUGGUGAUCUAUCAUCACUUACUUGGUUCGAAGGACGAAAGUCAGUCGAAGAUUGCCAAAUCAAAGUAGUGUAUGCCUCCCUCAACUUCCGAGAUAUCAUGCUCGCAACUGGUCGAAUCACAUUAGAAUCACACCAGAGCUCACGUUUGGAAAACCAAUCUCUGCUUGGAUUCGAGUUCGCGGGUGUAGGAAAAGAUGGAAAACGAUAUAUGGGAUUGAAGAGCAAUAGAGGUCUGGCUACACAUAUCGAUGAAACUCAGAUCUUAUGGAACGUACCAGAUGAUUGGACAUUGGAACAAGCGGCUACAAUUCCUUGCGUUUAUGUUACGGUUUAUAUGGCUUUCUUCCUUGUGAGCGAUAUCCGUAAGGGUAAGUCAAUUCUUAUCCACGCUGGAACAGGAGGAGUCGGACAAGCAGCUAUCACUGUGGCUUUGGCUCAUGGACUUGAAGUUUUCACAACCGUUAGUACAAAAGAGAAAAAGCAGUUCUUGCUUCAGAAGUUUCCGAAAUUAAAAGAAUCGAACAUCGGCAAUUCUCGUGAUACUUCAUUCGAAUAUAUGGUUCUGAGGCAAACAAAAGGAAAAGGAGUGGAUUUCGUUCUCAACUCAUUGGCGGAAGAUAAACUGCUAGCUUCUGUACGCUGUUUAGGAAAUAAGGGGCACUUUUUCGAAAUUGGAAAGUUUGAUAUUAUGAACGACAGCAAGCUCGGUUUAGCAGUCUUUGAAAAGGAAAUAUCCUUCCAUGCGAUAUUUGCUGAUCGCUUAUUCUUCGCAGGAAUGAAUGUCAUUAAAGAUGUUAUGGAGUUGAUCUAUAAGGGCAUCCGUGAAGGUAUUAUAAAACCAUUGCCUGUAACAGUGUUCAAAGCCGAUCAAGUUGAACAAGCUUUCCGUCAUAUGGCAGCUGGAAAGCAUAUCGGUAAAGUUCUAAUUCAAGUUCAUGCUGAGAACGAUAAGGAGCAUAAUACAAUAGUACCAAUAUCACCACUUCCGCAAACUUAUUUCGAUCGCAAUCUGGUUUAUAUAAUUCCUGGAGGCCUUGGAGGAUUUGGUUUGGAACUGGCUGAUUGGAUGAUUUUGAGAGGAGCUCGAAAGUUGGUACUCAGUUCCAGUAAGGGUUUUUCGAAACCAUAUCAGUCGUACAGGGUGAAAGUAUGGAAAUCAUAUGGAGCUAGAGUUGAAAUCAGAACUGAUGAUAUAACCACCUAUGAGGGGUGCCUGUCAUUAAUAAAAGAAUCAAUGAAAAUGGGGGCCAUCGGCGGCAUUUUCAAUCUAGCCGUUGCUUUACGUGAUGCGAUCUUCCUUAAUCAAACAGCAGAAAAGUUCCAAGAAUGUUUAGCACCAAAAGCUGUAGCCACAAAAUAUUUGGAUGAAAUAUCACGAAAACUGUGUCCUCGUUUGAAAUAUUUCGUAGUAUUUUCCAGCGUGUCUUGUGGUCGAGGUAACGCCGGUCAAACGAAUUAUGGUAUGGCGAAUUCCAUAAUGGAGAGGAUUAUCGAACAGCGCGCCCUCAAAGGUUUGCCAGCGAAAGCUAUACAAUGGGGAGCUGUUGGAGAAGUUGGUCUCGUAGCCGACAUGGCUGAAGAUAAAAUUGAUAUGGAAAUAGGCGGCACUUUGCAACAAAGAAUCUCGUCCUGCCUACAAGAAUUGGACAAUCUAUUAUCCACGAAUGAUGCGAUUGUAUCUAGUAUGGUUGUUGCUGAGAAGCGGCGCAUAAAGAGUGGAAACAUAAUGGAAACUGUUCUAAGUAUUAUGUCUAUACGUGACUUGAAGUCAGUUUCAAUGGGCACAUCGCUUUCCGAAACUGGUAUGGAUUCCUUAAUGGCUGUCGAAAUUAAACAAACUUUGGAAAGAGAAUUUGAAUUGUUCCUGACACCUCAAGAUUUGCGAACAAUGACAUUCCAGAGAUUACAAGAAAUUUCAGAUGCUAAAUUGAAGGAUGAAGGAGAGCAGGUGAAGUUACGACUUGCACGUGAUGAUAAACCGGUUGGAAUGGCUAUGCUACUUCGAAAUCUCGGGGAUGAAUUGAAUAGUCACCAUACCAUACUCCCUCUGAUUACGAAGAAUAGUAACCUGGUGGAUUUGAAUUCGUCGCUUAUCAUUCCUGGCCUAGAAGGUGUAGCUGGACAAGCGUGGUACAAUGUCGGUCUAGGACUUUAUUCUCCUUCGUAUAUCUUGCAACUCAUGGGCACCGUACAUUUAUCAUCCAUACAGGAAAUCGCCGCUUCUGUGUUUGAGAAAGCCUCACAAGUAUUUAAGAGAAAUCAGCCCUUCUACCUGGUAGGCUACUCCUUCGGUACGUUUAUUACACUGGAACUAGCAUACAUGCUGGAACAAUUAGGUUUUCAAGGAUAUGUAACAAUUAUCGAUGGUUCACCACUAUUUUUGAAAAAACUUUCCCUGCGGACCUUUAAAGAAUCUUCCUCGGACGAUGAGAUUCAGUCUAUGCUUCUUACUACAACGCUCAUGCAAAUAUUUCCUGGAGAGUUUGACGAAGAUACUACAGCCAAAUUUUUGGCACUCCCGGAUUGGAACAGUCGCAUUGAGAAGUACUUAGAAUAUGCAGAAAAACAAACUGUUUAUAGCAGAGACUACGCUGAGUGUAUAAUGCGAGCAAUGUUUGAUCGUAUCAAAAUGGUCAAUGAUCUUUCGUUGAAUGACGUUAAACGCAUCCAAUCAUCAAUUACAUUGGUCCGACCCACGGAUGUGUCAGUUCCCGAUAUCGAUGAGGAUUAUGAGCUGUGUAAAUACACUACUGGAAAAGUUACAGUUAAGUUUAUUGAAGGUGAUCACACUUCCAUGCUGGACAAUCCUAAGUUACCACAAAUAAUCAACAGCUUCGAUCCGAAUCUUGAAUCUGAUAAAUGUUUUGAAGAUUUAUUAUAAAUUGAUCAAUGAGAAUGUUUCGAACCACUAUACUAAUUAUUAUAUUCAUGGAAGGAAUAACCCGUAUGACAUUUGCUUUGAAUAUGGAUAAUUUUCGCAUUUUUAGUUAAAUAUUGCUUAAAUCAAUAAAAUAUUUUAGAAAAGA